AUGCAGCUGGAGAAGACACUAUGGCAAGGAUUGCCCUCGAGACCACUUGCCGGCCGCACCACCACCAGCAGCACCACCGCCGCAAGCAGCUCGUUACCACAACCGUAUGCAGCUGGAGACGAUACGGUGGCAAGGAUUUCCCUAGAGACCAUUGCCACUGGCAGCAAGCAGCAGCAGCAUGUUACCACAACGGUGGCGGUGGGUACUGCGCGGUUGAGGUUCAGCAAGCAGCGCUGCGUGAGCGUGCCCAAGAGGGCCGCGAGGCAGAGGGCCGUGCAAGUGUGGUGGCAGGGCCGUGCGGGCUCGAGCAACGGGGGCUCCAGCAACGGGGGGUCAAGCAACGGGGGCUCGAGCAACGGGGGGUCGAGCAACGGGGGGUCGAGCAACGGGGGCUCGAGCAACGGGGGCUCGAGCAACGGGGGCUCGAGCAACGGGGGCUCGAGCAACGGGGGCUCGAGCAACGGGGGCUCGAGCAACGGGGGCUCCAGUAACGGGGGCUCGAACAACGGGGGCUCGAGCAACGGGGUCUCCAGCAACGGGGUCUCGAGCAACGGGGUCUCGAACAACGGGGUCUCGAGCAACGGGGUCUCGAGCAACGGGGGCUCGAGCAACGGGGCUUCCCUGAGCAAUGCGGAUUCGGGCAGCGCAGCAAGUGGUGUUGCAUGCUCGCAGGUGAAGCUGUUUGGGAAGGCUGGUUGCUGGGGCAAGGAGGUUGGCAGCGUGGUCAACCCGGGCACUACUGCGGCCAGGGCGCGAUCUCUGAAGGGCGUAUCUCUGAAGAGCGUAUCGCUGAAGGGCGUGUCUGUGAAGGGCGUAUCUCUGAAGGGCGUAUCUCUGAAGGGCGUAUCUAUGAAGGGUGUGUCUCUGAAGGGCGUAUCUCUGAAGGGCGUAUCUCUGAAGGGCGUGACUCUGAAGGGCGUAUCUCUGAAGGGCGUGUCUCUGAAGGGCGUGUAUCUGAAGGGCGUAUCUUUGAAGGCGUAA